GUUCAGAGGUUAGUGUGAGUAGACCGUGACACAGUCCAGACCAGAGUUCACAUCACAGAUCCCAGAUCAGACCAUCAUGAAGUUUGUCACAGUUUUUCUGUCUCUGGUUCCGGUUCUGUCGCUCCUGUCGGUCCUUGUCUCGGGGGCUCCGGGAUGCGGAGUGUGUGACCAGGCUUCAUGCGCUCCGCUCCCUGCGGAGGGGUGUCCCGCCGGCUCCCUGCUGGACUCCUGCGGCUGCUGCUCGGUGUGCGCCGCCGCAGAGGGCGAGCUGUGCGGCGGCCGCCGCGCGGCGGCGCGUCGCUGCGGCUCCGGAUUGGAGUGCGUCAAAAGCGACGAGGACAAGAAGAGCAAACUGGGAAUCUGCGUCUGUAAGAGCAACUACGAAGUCUGCGGAACCGAUGGAGUGACGUACAAGAGCGGCUGUGCCCUGAAGAGCGCUGGCCUGGCAGCCGAGAAAGAGGGCAAAGAACCCAUCAGCGUCCAGAACAAGGGCCGCUGCGCCACAGCUCCGAUCAUUGUCACCCCUCCAGGUGAGGUCUACAAUGUUAGCGGCUCUCAGGUGUACCUGAGCUGUGAGGCGGUGGGUGUACCCACACCUGUCCUCACCUGGAAGAAGGUCCUCAAUGGGAAGAGGAGGAUGGAGCUUCUUCCUGGAGACAGAGACAACCUGGCGAUUCAGACAAGAGGAGGACCAGAGAAACAUGAAGUGACCGGCUGGGUGCUGAUCUCCCCUCUGACCAAAGAAGAAGAAGGAUCGUACGAGUGUCACGCCACCAACUCCAAAGGGGAAGCCUCAGCGAUCGGAGCAAUUCACCUGGUCGAGUCCCUCGAUGACAUCGUCAAGAAAGUGACAAAGGAAGACGAGCUGUGAUCAGCUGAUCAGGGAUCAGAGGAGAUGAUCAUCAGAGGAAACAGCUGAAGAUGAUUUUUUUAAAUCUGAUUUUGCUUUUUAUGCAGUUCUGAAUUUU